AGAUCUUUGGGAUCUAAAAAUCUGUGUCGGAUUCAAUCGCACACCGACUUAACAUCAACGCACAUCUCUAAAGAAUCCGUAACUAUUUGCGCGACUCCUUCCCGCACCUACACGUUUCCGGCUCCGAGUUGCGAGCGCGAAGCUUCGGACACAGUUUCAUCAGCAUCCCAUCCGAUAAAAUGAAGACUUCGAUUAAUCGCCCGCCGACACCUGAUGCGGAAGAGGAUCAAGACCAUCAACCCACUCUUCAAGAAAUCAUUAACAUCAAGAUGAUUGAGAGCGGUGAAAAAGAGCGAUUAAAGGAGCUUUUGAGGGAGAGGCUUAUAGAAUGUGGUUGGAGAGACGAAAUGAAAGCUCUUUGCAGGGCAUUUGCAAGGAAGAAGGGAAGGAAUAAUGUAACCGUGGACGACCUUGUGCAAGUUAUUACUCCUAAGGGAAGAGCUUCUGUUCCUGAUUCGGUGAAGGCUGAGCUGUUGCAGCGAAUCAGGACUUUUCUUACAUCAGUUUCUAUUUGACAUUGUUACAUGAUAGGAGGCUGUCCUAAAGUCUUGCCUGCAGCUUUCCUUUACAAAUGGAGUUUCUCUGCUUUAUUAUCCCAAGUUUGUUUGGAUGAAAUCUUAUCCAAUAACUUCUUACGAAGAAGAGGCUAUGAUUUCCUUUGGAAUCACAAGUUGCAUCAAGAACAGAGA